AUGGAAACAAUACUGGAGCAACAGCGGAGUUAUCAUGAAGAACGAGAACGUACUAUGGAUGCUAUGGUGAAGGAGAUUCUGAAUAAAAAGACGGGCCAUCGCGAAACAAUCAACGCUGAUCACCGAUUGAAAAAUUUACACGAUCGAUAUAUAGAAUCUUCUAUAAGAUUGAAAGAGUUAUAUGAGGACAAAGAUGGAAUCCGUAAAGAAGAAAUAGCGGCAUUGUCAGGACCAAAUGAGUUCCAAGAAUUUUAUGCUAGACUUAAACAAAUUAAAGAAUUUCACAGAAAACAUCCUAAUGAGAUUUGUGUCCCCAUGUCAGUGGAAUUUGAAGAAUUAGCUAAGAUUAGGGAAAACCCUUCAGAGGAUUACACAACUCCUGUUGAGUUUACCGAUGAGGAAGGAUAUGGAAAAUACUUAGAUUUGCAUGAGUGUUAUGAAAAGUAUAUUAACUUGAAGGGAAUAGAGAAAAUUGAUUACAUAACGUACCUGAGCAUUUUCGACCACUUGUUUGAUAUACCGAGGGAGCGUAAAAACAGUGACUAUAGAAAUUAUAUAAGGGCAUUACUGACUUACUUAAAGGAUUUUGUCAAUAGAGUGAAACCAUUGAUGGAUCAAGCACAGGAAAUGGCUAUAGCCCAUCAAGAUUUCUUAAAGCAGUGGGAAGCAGGCACAUUUCCUGGUUGGCCAAAAGAAACUGGAGGAGCACUUACAAAUGUAGGAGCUCAUUUAGAUUUAUCAGCUUUUUCAUCUUGGGAAGAGCUUGCGUCUCUUGGACUAGAUAGAUUGAAGUCUGCUCUAAUGGCUCUUGGUUUAAAGUGUGGAGGAACUUUAGAAGAAAGAGCACAAAGAUUAUUUAGUACAAAAGGUCAAACAGCCCUUGACAAGUCAUUGGUAGCUAAAAAAGGUGGGAAUAAGGCUAAGGCUUCUACUCUUCAGCGUCAUAAAGAUAUAGCUGCUAUAGAAGCUCAAGUAUACCGGUUCUCAAACAUAGUAAGCAGCACAAGAGCUUCUACUAUUGAGAAUGUGACUCGGAGAGCAGCCAGAGCCGCUGGCGAACGUCGAGAUGAGAGCGAUGAAGAAAGUGAGGGUUCAGUUGCAGCAGACUUGGAUUCUGAUGAUGAUGAAGUACCAUAUAAUCCCAAGAAUUUGCCACUAGGGUGGGAUGGAAAGCCAAUUCCAUACUGGUUAUACAAGUUGCAUGGACUAAACAUCAGUUAUUCCUGCGAGAUUUGUGGUAACUACACAUACAAGGGUCCAAAGGCUUUCCAACGUCACUUUGCUGAGUGGCGUCAUGCUCACGGCAUGAGGUGUCUUGGUAUACCGAAUACUGCUCACUUUGCUAAUGUCACUCAAAUUGAAGAUGCGCUUGCUUUGUGGGAAAAAAUCAAAAACCAAAAGGAAAAUGAACGAUUUGUGGCCGAAAAUGAUGAAGAGUUUGAAGAUUCACAGGGAAAUGUUGUAAAUCGAAAAACAUAUGAAGACUUGAAAAGACAAGGACUUCUAAUAAGAAUUUAUUUUUGGAAUUUAUUACCGAAUUUAAAACUAACAAUAUGCAACGUUUUUCUUCAGGGCUCUCUAUUCUCUCACUUGUCUCAAAAAUCGAGCUAA